AUGUACGACAAUGCUACAAGGGCGCAAGCCCUUACGCUUAAGGCUAUGAAUGUUCCUUCUGACCAAAUUACUGCCAUCACUGGCAUGUCAGAGCGCACGAUUCGGGACGUUUGGAAGAGGGCCAUAGAUCGCGGCUGGAACCCCCAACAAUCGCUUAAAGUUCUUGACAUAUACGUGCAAGAUGCACCUCGCUCUGGCCGGCCGACUGUACAAACCCCAAGGAAGAUUGCAAAGAUGGAGAAGUUAAUUACUAAGAGCAGAGCUGGAAGGGAAUUAAAUACUUACCAGCUUGCAGAAGAGGUGGGAAUCUCAGCCACGACUGCAUGGCGCAUUCUUCGCCGCCACCUUAACAUGCGGAAGACAAAACCUACACGGAAACCUGGGCUACAGAAGUGGAUGAAGCAGGAACGAUUACAGUGGUGCCUUGACUAUCAACACUGGACUCUUAAGGAC